AUGGGGAACCAUCACGGCAGCAUGAGGCCACAGCGGCUCAAGAACGGGAAAGCAGCUACGGAGGAGGAGGAGGAUGACCGGAAGGUGAAGUCGUCGUACGAGGCGGCGGAGCCGCAGCUGCGGAGCCUCGACGCGGCGCUGUGCCGGCGCGCGAGCCUCGCCGUGUCCGUGUCGGCGGCGUCGUCCGGGGUGCAGGUGCGGUCCAUGUCCCUCGGCUCCCUCCGCGAGGUCACCGGCUGCCUGGUGGAGAUGAACCAGGAGGUGGUCCGCGUCGUCCUCGCCAGCAAGCACGACGUGUGGGGCUGCGCCGACCUCUUCGCGCUCGUCGACGACUACUUCGACGCCAGCCUCCACACCCUCGACUUCCUCGCCGCCCUCGACAGGGCCCUCCGCCGCGCCCGCGACUCGCAGCUCCUCCUCCACCUCGCGCUCCAGGUCCAGGACCCGGCCGUCCGGCGCGCGCGCGUGCUCGACGCGCUGCGGCGGCUCAAGGCCGACCCGUUCACGGACGAGUUCUUCGCCGCGUUCCAGGCCGCGUACCGGCAGCAGCUGGCCAUGCUCGACAGGCUGCGGCGGCAGAAGCGCCGGCUGGGCCGGCGCCUGCGGUCGGUCCGCGUCUGGCGCCGCGUCACGGGCGUCGUCUUCGCCACCAUCUUCGCGGCCAUCCUCGUCUGCUCGGUGGUGGCCGCGGCCAUCGCCGCGCCGCCCAUCGCGGCCGCGCUGGCGGCCGCGGCGUCGCUGCCAGUCAGCUCCGCCGGGAAGUGGGUGGACGCCAUGCUGAAGCGGUACCGGGACGUGCUCCGGGGGCACAUGGACGUGGUGGUCGCAAUGCAGGCCGGCACGUUCGUCGCCAUCGAGGACCUGGACAUCAUACGCGCGCUCGUCCGCCGGCUCGAGGUCCAGAUGGGCUUCACGGUGGACUGCACGGAGCUGGUGGAGGGCGACGAGGAGGCUGCGAGAUUGGUGAUUGAGGAGGUGAAGAAGAAGAUGGAGGAGUUCAUGAAGAGCGUGGAUGAGCUGGGGCAGCAGGCCGACAAGUGCAGCCGGGACAUCCGGCAAGCCAGGACCGUCGUGCUGCAGAGGAUCAUUCAUCAAAAUUAG